UCUUUGAAAUCAUUGAAGUGUCAAACUGUCAAGCAGGAGACGCAACAGCAUCUCAAAAUAAACAACAGUGCUAAUAAAUAAAUGAAAAAGAACACAAUGCUCUAAGCUCUAAGUAAAAUGUGUGAAAACAGUGACUAUAAGUGCUAAUUUACUUUUAGUUUCUAAUUUUAAGUAGUAGUUUUAAAACAUAACCUCAAAAAGUACGUGAGCUCAAGAUGUUUUCGAUUUGCCGGCAAACGCAUCCUGCUACAGGAAUUGAGCAUGCAGUUAGCUGCUGCUUCUUUAACAAUGAAGAAACAUGUCUCGUUACCGCUGGAGCCAAUAUCAUCAAGGUUUUCCGAUUGUUGCCUGAAGGACAAACAAAAGAGGUUAACGCCGCUGGUCAACCGAUCCCUCCUAAAAUGAAGCUAGAAUGUCUAGCCUCCUACACAUUAUGGGGCAACGUAAUGUCCAUGGCAUCGGUCCGAUGUCCAAGCGCUGGUAGAGAUCUCCUACUCGUAUCGUUUAGAGAAGCCAAGCUGUCCGUGUUACAGUAUGAUCCGCAAACCGAUAACCUUAUUACGUUAAGCAUGCAUUAUUUUGAAGAGGAUGAUAUGAAGAACGGUUGGACCACCCACCCUCACAUUCCAUGGAUCCGAGUAGACCCUGAGUGCCGAUGUGCAGUCAUGUUGUUAUAUGGAAAGAAACUAGCAGUAUUGCCAUUCCGCAAAGACAUUACAAACGAAGAUGGAGAUCCUUUAGAAGCUAAACCUCUUGAUAGCAAGUUAGCGCAACCAACACAACCGAUAAACCGUGCGCCCACGUUGGCCUCCUACGUGAUAGUACUGAAAGACCUGGAUGAGAAAAUAGACAAUAUUAUAGACAUACAGUUCCUACAUGGGUAUUACGAACCCACACUGCUGAUAUUGUAUGAACCUGUUAGGACUUUUGCUGGUCGCACGGCAGUCCGCAACGACACAUGCGCGAUGUGCGGCGUGAGCCUGAACAUGAGCGCGCGAGUACACCCCGUCAUAUGGGCCACCGCGCAUCUACCCUUCGACUGCAUCAGAGCCGUGCCCGUACAGAAACCUUUGGGUGGAUGUCUAAUAAUGGCGGUGAACUCUCUAAUAUACUUGAAUCAGUCGGUGCCGCCGUACGGCGUGUCACUCAACAGUAUAGCUACGCAUACCACUAACUUUCCACUCCGGAUCCAGGAGGGCGUAUGCAUCACGUUGGACGGGUCGUGCGUGGCGGCGCUGGGCGAGGGCCGGCUGGCGCUGUCGCUGCGCGGCGGCCAGCUGUACGUGCUCACGCUGCUGGCCGACUCCGUGCGCACCGUGCGCAGCUUCCACCUCGACCGCGCCGCCGCCUCCGUGCUCACCACCUGCAUGUGUGUGAUAGAAGAAGACUUCCUAUUCCUUGGUUCCCGUCUCGGCAACUCUCUACUGUUGCGAGUGACGGAGAGAGAGAACAGAAUGUUGUUCUCUGUGGACAAACCGCUGGAAGCUACCGUCGAUCUCACCGUGUCGGAAAAUGCGGAGCACCAAGCCCAACAAGCGCAACAAGCCCAAAGCGCCCAACAAGCACAGCAGUCGAAGGAAGACCCGGCCGCCAAGAAGCGUCGCUUGGACACAAUAAGCGACUGUGUGGCCACCAAUGUGAUAGAAAUCAGCGAUAAAGAUGAACUUGAAGUGUACGGGUCUGAUAUUAGAACGUCUACUCAACUUACUAGCUAUGUUUUUGAGGUAUGCGACUCCCUGCUGAACAUCUGCCCCAUCGGCGACGUGUCGAUGGGCGAGCCGCAGCUGGUGAGCGAGGACGCGGGCGACGGCGCCGACCCCGCCGACCCCGCCGACCCCGCCGCGCCGCGCCCGCCGCUGCUGGAGCUCGUCGCCUGCAGCGGACGCGGCAAGAACGGCGCCCUCACCGUAUUGCAGCGGGCUGUCAGGCCGCAGCUCAUUACAUCCUUCAACCUGCCCGGUUGUAUCGACAUGUGGUCGAUCCUGGGCGAGCCGGGCGAGGGCGCGCGGGAGUCGGAGGGGGCGCACGCAUACCUCAUACUCACGCAAGAAGACGGCAGCAUGGUACUGCAGACUGGUCAGGAGAUCAACGAGGUGGACAGUUCGGAGUUCAUGACGGGCACUCCGACAAUCUUCGCGGGCAACCUCGGGAACAACAAGUUUAUGGUGCAAGUCACCACCACUGCUAUACGACUUGUUAAAGGCGGCAGCCAGCUGCAGACGAUCCAGCUGGAGUGGACGGCGGCGUACGCGGGCGUGGCCGACCCCUACCUCUGUGUAUUGUGUCGUGUAGCUAUAUUAUUGCAGUACGGCCUGUCCGCAGGCGGCAGCCAGCUGCAGACGAUCCAGCUGGAGUGGACGGCGGCGUACGCGGGCGUGGCCGACCCCUACCUCUGCGUACUGUCUCUAUGUGGCCGGGCGCUAGUACUCGCGCUCAGGGAGUUCCGAGGGAAGGAUGGCAGCUCCUCCGGCCGCCUGGCCCCGACCCGCCAGUCAGUCCCCCACAGACCCCCACUACUGCGCGCCACUGUAUACCGCGACCUUAGUGGACUGUUCACUCCGCCUGAUGCUGGGAAUACGCAGGUGAAAGGCGAGUUCAGUGGUAAGAUGAAAGGUAAGAACGUGAAGGCAGAAGGGUUCAAGCCUGGCGCCGUGUACGAACUCAACGACGAAGACGAGCUACUGUAUGGAGGGGACCAGACACCCGCUUCCAUGGCUAGCAUUAUGUUAGCAGAACAAUCAAAGAACCCGGGCGUGCCGCGUCGUAUCUCCCGGUGGUGGAAGAAAUACUUGGUGGAAGUGAAGCCGACGUACUGGCUGUUCGUGCUGCGGCUGAAUGGGAACCUGGAGAUAUACUCGCUGCCUGAAAUGAGGCUCAGCUUCCUUGUGCGAGACGCUUGUGCUGGGAACAGGAUCUUAGCAGACAGUUUGGAAUCGGUCCCCAUACCCAGCGGAGGUAUAGAGGAAGAGGAGCUAGGAGGGAGUGCUCAGAAUGCGGACGCGGACAAGUGUAGGGAACUAUUGGUUGUUGGGUUGGGACAUAAAGGGUCCCGGGUACUUAUGCUGAUGCGGUGCGAGGAUCAGCUCAUGAUAUACCAGGCGUACAAGUACCCGCGCGGCAACCUGAAGCUGCGCUGGUCCCGCGCGCGGGUCCCGUUCCCGUUCGGGUACUGCGCGCGCCCGCUGUCCGCGCCCGACGACUCCUACGACGCCGCGCUGCUCAAGGAGAACGUGCGCCAGUGCCGGUACUUCAGUAACGUGGGCGGGUACAACGGCGUGUUCAUCAGCGGUCGCACCCCGCACAUGUUGCUAGUCUCCGCCCGCGGCGAGCUGCGCCUGCACGCGCUGGCCCACGACCACGCGCCCGUCGCCAGCUUCGCGCCCUUCCACAACACCAACUGUCCGCAGGGGUUCCUCUACUUCAACGCCAAGUCGUCGCUCCGCAUCAGCGCCCUACCAACGCAUCUAUCAUACGACGCGGCGUGGCCGGUCCGCAAGGUGCCGCUGCGGGUGACGCCGCACUUCGUGACGUUCCACCUGGAGUCCAAGACCUACUGCCUCGUCGCCUCCACCAGCGCGCCCACGCAGUCCUACUACAAGUUCAACGGGGAGGACAAGGAGAAGAGUAGUGAUAAUAAGGGGGAUAGGUUCCCGUACCCGCACCAGGACAAGUUCUUCGUGACCCUGUUCUCGCCUGUCUCCUGGGAGAUCAUCCCCAACACUCGAAUCGAGCUGGACGACUGGGAACACGUCACCUGUCUCAAGAACGUCUCCCUGUCUUAUGAGGGAACCAGAUCUGGUCUACGUGGGUACAUAGCGAUAGGAACUAAUUAUAACUACAGUGAAGAUAUUACAUCGAGAGGGAGGAUAAUAAUCUACGACAUCAUAGACGUGGUCCCGGAGCCGGGCCAGCCGCUGACAAAGAACAGGUUCAAGGAGCUAUACGCCAAGGAACAGAAGGGGCCCGUCACCGCACUCACACAGGUGCUGGGGUACCUUAUAUCUGCCGUCGGACAGAAGAUCUACAUCUGGCAGCUGAAAGACAACGACCUGGUGGGCGUGGCGUUCAUCGACACGCAGAUCUACGUGCACAAGAUGCUGUCCGUGAAGAACUUGGUGCUGGUCGCCGACGUGUACAAGUCUAUCUCGCUGCUGCGGUACCAGGCGCAGCAUCGGACGCUGUCUCUCGUGUCUAGGGACCUCAGGAGUGCUCAGAUAUACGACAUGGAGUUUAUGGUGGACAAUACAACGCUCGGGUUCCUAGUGAGCGAGGCGGAGGGCAACCUCGCGCUGUUCAUGUACCAGCCGCAAGCUAGGGAGAGCUACGGAGGCCAGCGUUUAAUCCGCAAGAGUGACUACCAUUUGGGACAACAAGUCAACGCCAUGUUCCGUAUCAACGCACGGCCUGACGCCAACUCCAGUCACAGGAGACAUGUCACUAUGUUCACGACCCUGGACGGCGGCGUGGGCUACGUGUUGCCGAUAACGGAGAAGAUGUACCGGCGCCUGCUCAUGCUGCAGAACGUCAUGAACAACUACUGCUGCCACGUCGCCGGGCUUAACCCACGGGCCUACCGGACGUACAAGAGCUCCCGUCGCUCAGUAGGCGGCGGUCCGGCGCGCGGCAUGUUGGACGGGGACCUCGUCGCGCAGUACUCCACCAUGCCCAACGCUGAGAAACUCGACAUCGCAAAGAAAAUCGGUACGAAGGUAGAAGAGAUAAUGUCUGACCUGUACGAGAUAGACAGACUGACUGCCCACUUCUAGUAGCGAGCGUGUGUGACGCCGCUAGUAUAAGUCCAUGUUGUACAUAAUCUAUGAAUUAAAGUAUUCUAGUUUUUCUUA